AUGUCAUCGCCAGCUCCCAUUCAAAAACCACGAAGGCGUUCGUUUCUAGAUCAUGGUGGUGCAAACUCGAUCAAUAACUUUGCAUCUUCCUACACGCGUGCCCAGUCCUACGCUGGUCUGUCUUUGUUCGAGGACACUGACCUUCAAGAAGAUUUAUCCCCUUGCCUGUCUCCAGCACCCCCACCUGAUCAAUUGGAGUCAGCCAUAGGCCUGGGCGGCCAUCGGUCAAACAGGACCAGCCAGGGUUAUGACCGCAUUGAUACGUUUGAUUUUCCUCGAGGUGAUGAGACCACUCCCUUGAAUCAUAGAGAAUCGAGCGUUAGGAGCAGCACUUCAGGCAGCGUCUUUUCAUUGCCAGAUGGAAACUCCACUGGACCUCAAACUGUUUUUAAUUCUGUCAACACACUUAUGGGGAUUGCGGUAUUUUCGCUUUCAUUCGGAUUCAGGCUUUCGGGAUGGGUUCUCGGCCUGAUAAUCCUCGUUGCUUGCGCAGCCACUACAAAUGUUACAGCCAAGGUUCUCGGUGCCGUCUUGAACCGGAAUCCUCAACUUCUGACUUACAGUGACAUUGCUUACCUAUACGGAGGGAGCCGCAUGCAGCUUUUUGCAACUAUAACAUUCACUUUGGAUUUGACUGGUGCCGCCCUUUCGUUAAUAUUGUUGUUUGCCGAUUCAUUUCAUCUCCUUUUACCGGAUGUUGAUGCACGUGUUUUCAAGGUGAUCAUUGUGUUGAUUACUCUCUUUAUGAGCUUCAUGCCGCUCACAGUGUUGUCGAUGGUUAGUUUGACUGGUAUUAUGAGCACCAUGAGCAUUCUCGUCCUUGCCAUCAUCAGUGGUCUUAUUGUGAAAAAAGGGGAGGAAGGCUCUCUCUUGGAUCCAUCAUCCACUAGCCUCUGGCCAAGUUCAUUGUUGGAGGUCUUGCUAAGUAUUGGUAUAUUCAUGGCUCCGUGGGGUGGACAUCCAGUUUUUCCCGAACUUUAUAAAGACAUGAGACAUCCAAAGAAGUACAACAGUUGCUGCAACAUCACUUUUUUGUCUUGCUUGAACAUGGACUUUUUGGUCGCUGUCGUGGGCUACCUCAUGUUUGGCAACAAGGUUAAAGAUUCUCUAACAAAGAGCUUGAUGGGCAACACAAGCCUACCGUCCUUCAUCAACCCAUUGCUUUGCGUAUUCUUGGGAUUACUCCCAAUAUCAAAAUUAUCACUUGUGGUUCGUCCAAUCAUCUCUGUCUACGAGAAGCAUUUCCACAUGAAUGAUUCUAGCGUGUUAACAUACAAGGACGGUAAGAGAUACCACCCUAUCACCAUAAAGAAGGUGUUGGCUAGAAUACUAUUCUUGGGACUACUCUUCAUACUGUCUUUGGUAUUCACAUCAUUCGGAAAAGUCGUGGCGUUUUUGGGAAGUGCAAUCUGCUGCACAAUCUGCAUCAGUUUACCCUUGAUGUUUUACCUUAAAUUCUUUGCCGACGAGUUGUCAGGUGCGCAAAAGAUCUUUAUACGGGUUGGCAUUGUUAUAGGAUUUGCAGGAGCAAUCCUUGGAACAUACGCAUCCUUCGUUUAUGAGACGACUUGA